ACUCGGAGCAAACUCGCCUCUUCUCGCGCCCUUGCUUUAAAAUCGCCUAAUUCCGAAAAAUCACCGUCGCCCACGUGGUCGACGUAAAUAAACAAAAGAAACAAAAUCGCACAAAAACGCCUCUUCUCGUGGUAAAAAGGAAAUAUAGGCUCGAGCAAUUAAUAAUUUAAUCGGUAGUAAAUAAAUUGCAUCGCGUGGCGGAUCGAGCCCCCGGCGGUGAUUUGUCAAAAAUCCUAAGGAAAUUAAUUAGUUGUUUAAUACCCUCGGGGUUUGUUCUCCAAAGUCAAUUUUGACGUUCAACCUUUUUCGCGGACUUUUAAAGAAUUGAUCGCAGUCGCCGAGUUUUGCGUGAAAUUUGCAAAAGCUGCGCAAAGGGAGGUAUAGAAGCACAUCGUACGUCCUCUCCUUUAUUCAUGUGUUUGGAUUCGUUUCACGUCGCGUGUCGCCGAUUUAUUUCUCCGAGACAAGGAGAGCGACAAAAAGUCGAAUAAAGGCACAAAUGAUCGAUGCGACCCCGAUUACUAUCGACGAGUCGCUUUGACUCGGAUAUCAAUCGAAGUCAGUUUUCCGCGAUUUUCCGGCGCGAAAGGCGCCCGUGCAAACCUCUCCGAAGAGUCAGGGUUUUUUUUUUUUUUUCAAUCACAGAGUGCGGUUUUGCCGUAAAGCAUUGAAUUCGGAGGACUUACGGGUUUACGGUCGAAGCGACGCGUAGGUACAGGGAACGCUGUUUGCGAAAGCCCCAGUGGAAACCGACGAGCCCGAAUUUGCGAAAAUCGUCAUUCAAAGCCGCGGCCGUGCCUCUCUCGCGUAAAGCACGCGUUGUCGUGAUCGUUGACUGUAAUUCGCCGUCAAAUCCGUCGACAUUGAGCGAAUAGCGCAUAUCCGUUAGGGUGAUUGGAGCGGCGAGGUCAGUUCGCAUUGGACGGCCGACCGGAGCAAUCGCCGGAAGGGCCGAUCGAAAUCUGCCGAGGUAAUCCUCGAGCAAAUCUCGCUCGGAAAGGCUAGGAAAAGCUAGGAAAAGCGGCGAUUCUUGGUCGAGCGAACUCGCUUGUUAGGCGGCCAAACGAGCACCCAUUGAACAUGGCAAAGGUAACGUUUUCGCAGUGCUCGGAGAACCGGCAGGUGAUGCUGCUGGUGAUAACGCAGGUAGUGGUUAUCGCGCUGAUGGCCACGCUGACGACCUACGGACCGGAGGCGAGUCCAACUCCGUCGAGAAAUCACUUGGGUGCAGGAGGUAAAUCCGACGUUAAGUCAUCCAGGAAUCCGAUGCGAAUUUAUUCGAAUGUCCACGUGAUGAUCUGGAUCGGAUUCGGCUUCCUGAUGACUUUCUUGCGCCGCUAUGGCCAGAGCGCCGUAGGCCUGACCUUCCUCACCGGCGCCAUAUUGGUGCAGGUCGCCAUCCUCUGCGAUGGAGUCGCCAAUUGGAGGAAAUCCGAAAAAGCCCCACUGUCUCUGCAAGGAUUGCUGAGCGCCGACGUAGCCGUGGCAGCGCCCUUGAUUUCCAUGGGAGCUCUUCUGGGCAAAACGACCUACAUGCAGCUCAUUUUCAUGGGCAUCCUGGAACUGAUCGUGUACACCGUGAACAAGCACAUCGGCGAGCACCAUCUGAUGGCAGUCGAUGCCGGGGACAGCAUGUACGUCCACGCCUUUGGAGCUUACUUCGGGUUGGCCGUCAGCUUCGUCUUCGGGGUCAGGGACAAGCCCAAGGAACACCCCCUGGAGGGCCCCUCGUACCAGUCGGACAUUUUCGCGAUGAUCGGUACCGUUUUCCUGUGGCUCUUCUGGCCCUCCUUCAACAGCGCCUCCCUGGAGGGGGAUGACCAGCAACGGGCCAUCAUCAAUACCCUCCUAUCGAUCGCGGCGAGCUGUGUGAUCGCUUUCGCAGUUUCCGUCUUGGUCUCGAAGGAGAGCAAGUUCAAUAUGGUCCACGUGCAGAACUCCACCCUUGCGGGAGGUGUCGCCAUCGGUACUGCGGCAGGGAUGAUGUGCGAGCCCAUCGGAGCUCUGGUGGUCGGAUGCGCUGCCGGUGCACUUAGCGUACUUGGGUACAAGUACCUUACGCCAAUAAUCCAGAAACGACUGAGAAUCCACGACACCUGCGGCGUCCACAACUUGCACGGGAUGCCGGGGGUCCUCGCGGGACUCUUCGGCGCCCUCAUGGCCGCCAUCGCUACGGAAACGACCUAUGAUUAUUCCCUCUACGAGAUCUUCCCGGCCAGGGCGCCGAACUCGGAGGUGAAGCUCGCGGAAAUGAGGGACAAUUACGGGAUAUCGGCGGGACUUAAUAGGACGGCCGGACAGCAAGCGGCAUAUCAAUUAUUGGCUCUGUUGGUCACUCUGGGGUUAGCCGUUGUUUCGGGGUUAAUUACAGGACUGAUUCUGCGAGCGUCGUUGUGGGGCUCCAUAGCGGAGGAGCAAAAGUUCGAUGAUUCCGUUCACUGGGAACUCGAGGAGGAAGCGGGCCAUGAUUUAUCGUCGAAGAGCAAAGAGGGAAGCAGUCGAGUGAUCGAUCAGCUGCCGAUGGCACACAUCUAAUCCCUGAAUCCCCCUCCUCUGCGUUCUCUAAAAUCGAAAAGGUGAUUGUGUACGCAAGUCGCAUGGCCGUAGCCAAGUGACGUGUUCGUUUGAAGAUAGAAAAGAAUUUUCUACGAAACCCAAUGGGCAAGUUACCGCAACCAGUACGCGAGCAGAUGUCCUUGUUUUUUCUUUUUUUCUUUUGCGACGUAGUUUAUUCAAGUUUUCUAUAAAAUAUUCUGUUAAAUCUAUCUAUACAGUAUAUUAUGUAGACUGUAAAAAGCCAAGUAUAUUCCUACAUUUUCUAUCA